CGUUUCAUACGGCCGCACGCCGCGCCGCGCCGCCGCGCUCCUAGCUACACCUUUCUAUUAAUUCAACUUACAGUAUUAAUGUCAUGGUCAAAGUAAUUAAAAAUUUUUGCUUAUCGUGUAUAUUUGAUUUUGAUGACUGUUAAUUAUCAAUAUACGUUUACGUUUCAAAACGUUUCGAGUGGCUGUCAGAAAUGGCGGGAAGACGACACGAAUACGUGAUUUUAUUGAUUCUUGUUUGUUUAUGGAAUACAAUAGACGGUCUCAAAUUAGAGCAAGUUCUUAUUCUGAGCAGACACAACAUCAGGACCCCGCUCACCGCGAGGCUCGAGGACACGACUCCUUACAAAUGGCCCCAGUGGAAAAAUGAAGUCGGCCAUUUGACAGACAAAGGCGCUCUACUGGAGAGUUACAUGGCCGAAUAUUUUGCCGAAUGGCUGAACGAGACGGGUCUACUCCCGCGAGGAUGUCCUACAGAUGACGAGGUUUUUGUUUAUGCGAACACGAAGCAACGCACGCGAGAGUCGGCGCGCGCCUUCGUCCGCGGCGCGUUCGGAAACUGUAGCAUCAGCGCGUACAGCAUCGACUCCGAGGACAUGGAUCCCGUGUUCAAUCCCAUCCUACGUGACACUUCCGAGACCACCAAGCAGAAAAUUACCGCCGAAAUGAUACAAAAAUUGAAAGGAUUGAGGCUCGACGCCGCUUACAAGGAAUUAAACGAUAUCAUCGAUUUGAAAAAUUCUGAUAUUUGUAAGAAAGAUUCGUUUUGUGAUUUCCUUCAAGGUGAAAAUGAGAUCGUGUAUGUCAUCGGAAAGGAACCUAAUAUUGUAGGACCGUUAGCGACGAGCAACAACGUAAUGGAUUCAUUCAUUAUGAGUUACUACGAAGGCAUGGCCGAUGAGGAUGUGGCGUGGGGCAAAAUAGUUAAACCCGAGCAGUGGGCGCUGUUGUCCGAGAUAAUAAGAGAAAAUCAAAACGUUCGCUUCAACAGCACCUCGCUCGCCAGGGAUGUGGCGAAACCUUUAUUAAAGUAUAUAAAAACAGUGUUUGAACAUAACCCGCCUAGAAAAGUGACGGUGCUUUUCGGACACGAUUCUAACCUGAACUCUGUCAUGUCGGCUCUGGGCUUCAAGUAUUACGAGCUGCCUCAUCAGUAUGAAGCCACGCCCCCUGGAGGGAAAAUUGUUUUCCAGAAGUGGCGCGACGAGGACACAAAUCGAGCUUUACUAAAAAUAAACUAUGUUUAUCAAUCGACAGAUCAAAUUCGCAAUGCAUCUCGUUUGUCGCUGGGCAGGCCACCGCUGUGGGUGCGGUUGGAGCUCACAGAGUGCAGCGCGGAUAGCAACGGAUUUUGUCCUUGGGAUCAGUUUCAAAAAAUGUUGCAUGCCAUAGAGCAAUUUUAACUUGAAUUUUACUUUUAAUCCAUAAGCAAAUUCCAU